AUGAAGCAGGUAGCUGAGCUGGUCUGCCAAGAGAUGGGGAAGCCCUUGGCUCAGGGAAAGGCCGAGGUGAUGAAGUGCGCAUACUUGGUUGACUGGUACGUAGAACAUGGUGCAACGUUUCUGGCAGAUACGGAGUAUCCGGCGCUUCCGGGCUUCAAGAAGUCCUAUGUGACGUACCAGCCUCUGGGUACAGUCCUUGCUGUCAUGCCAUGGAACUUCCCCAUCUGGCAAGUCGUCCGCAUGGGUAUACCUACUCUCAUGGCUGGGAAUUCUGUGCUGCUGAAACAUGCGCCAAACUGCUUUGGUAGCGGCCUGGCCUGCGAAGAGCUGCUUAGCAAACUGGACAUUCCAGAUGGCCUCUUCCGGUCCUUGGUCAUUGAUGUGCCGCAGGUGACAACUGUCUUGGAGCAUCCGUCAGUUCAAGGAGUUGCGCUGACAGGCUCUGAGGGUGCCGGUCGGGCGGUGGCCGCCAAGGCAGGCUCCCUCCUGAAGAAGGCGGUCAUCGAGCUUGGUGGCAGCGAUGCGUACGCCAUCCUGGCAGAUGCAGACCUAGACGCGGCGGCAGAGGCCGUGGUGAACGCCCGUGUGGCCAACUCGGGACAGACAUGCAUCGCUCCAAAGAGGGCUAUCGUGGACAAGCGUGUGAAGGCUGCCUUUGAGCAGAAGGUCCUAGAAAAGGUCGCUUCGAAGACCUAUGGUGUGGACUUCGGGCCGCUGGUGCACCCCAAAGGCCGCGACGACGUAGCGGCACAGGUGGCAGAGAGCCAGACGCAGGGCGCCAGGCUGCUCUGCGGCGGUCCCUCUGAGCCCCCAGCGGGUGACUGCGGCAAGUCCUUCUACCCGCCAACUGUGCUGACAGAUGUGAAGCCAGGCAUGACGGCUUUUGAGACUGAGAUCUUUGGGCCCGUCAUUGCCAUCAUCGAGGCCGAGGACGAAGCCGACGUCCUCAGGCUUUCAAACCAAACGAACUAUGGCUUGGCGGGGGCUGUGUUCACGAAAGAUCUUGAGAAGGGAGAGCGGCUUGCGGUCAGCGAGAUCGAAGCGGGAAUGUGCUUUGUGAAUGAUUUCGUGCGCUCCGACCCUUCCUUGCCCUUUGGUGGAGUGAAGAACUCAGGCUUGGGUCGAGAGUGUGCCGCGUUUGGCAUGCUGGAGUUCGUAAAUGUCAAAACCAUUUGCGUGAAGUAA